CAACAUAGGUUUCGACAAUGAAAUAUAAGUUGAAGCAAAAACUACACACACAUGCAUCAUACAGUAGCCUUGAUAUACAUGCUUAGAUUAGAAUAAAAUAAAUAUCAAAAUAAAACCGUUUAUAGAUAAAAUAAACUUUCAAAUUAAUUGAUUAUACAAAUACAACUGUACAACAAUGUCGCCACGGUGAUGGGUGAAUGUGUGAAAAUCUCAUAUGAGCUUUUAAUUGGUGUUUUUCUGCUGGAUGGUCCCCUAACAGUAACUAACUGGGUUACACCAAACGGUUCUGGGUUAAACCAGGAGGUGGCAGCAGAGCGUCGUAAUGAAGGUGUUUCAUGGUGGAGUUACCCUCCCCCUCAGAAUCACUGCUCCUGAGCUGUGUCUAAAACACUUUAAGUAAUUUCGAUUUAAAAAUGAAAGAGUUGAUGGUUCCAGUCAACAAAGAAGGAUCUUAACACUAUUUUUAAAAUUAGAUCUGAAAAUGAAAUGGAAAAAUAAUGGAAUGCUAUCAAUUCAUUAAUGCAAUUUCAGAUACAGUUAAUCAGAUUCAAGCUGCUAUUACUGCAGUAUUUUCAGAUUGUUAUCUUAUAUUUGUCUUGUGCUAUCUUGGAUGUGAAUAUUUCACUCAGUGGGGCCUCAUGUUAUGCGAGAAGAAGUAUCGCACAACUCAUAAGUUGAGUCACCACUGUUGAUGAGUUAUGCUUCAGUUUUAUCAGAUGUGGCUUUAGGUUUUCAAUCGUGGGAAACGAAAGUGAAAGCUCAAAAAAGCUUUCUCAACGCGUCAAUAUUUCAGUCGGACGGGAAGGUGCAGCCAUAAUAAUUUGCUAUCUUGGAUGUGAAUAUUUCACUCAGUGGGGCUUCAUGUUAUGCUAGAAGAAGAAAACAAAAACAGUUUCAUACUCAACAUCAAUUUAAGAGAGAAUAAAAUCUGUUUUAGUUUUAUCAGACCUGGCUGUAGGUUUCUAUUUCCGGGAAUCUGCUUCCACGUGAUUGUGAACAUUUAAAGCUGUGUGCUCAACAACGUCAUAUCAUUUAUAUGCCAGCGAAGACAAAGCAGCAGCAAAAACCAACCCUAACUUAGAGAACUACAGAGUUGAGGAAACAGCUGGAUGAUGAGUGCUGCUACGAGUCAAACAACACUGGUGUCAAAACUGGAAGCCCUGCAGUGCCACUUCACCUGGGGUCUUGACCCCAGCAAGACCAAACUCUUAUGUCUCAGGGACAAGCUGGUGGACAUCGGCACGGAGGAGGGUAACAGCUGGCUGGGUUCCAUUUACAACCUGCGGGGCUUCAUUCAGUACCAGCUCGGGGCCAAUGAAGACGCCCAGAGUUUCUUCAACAAGGCUGCAGAGGUCUUCCGCCAGAUGAGAAAAGCAGAUGACGGUCCCUGGCUAGUGGUGAACUACGGGAACCUGGCUUGGCUGCACCACCACCUGGGAGACCAAGCAGAGAGCGAGGUUUACCUGUCAAAGGUCGACGCCCUGAUGAAGAAAUACCCGGCUCCAUCUCAGGAUGAGCUCCAUGCAGAGAUCUAUGCUGAAAAAGCCUGGACCCUGAUGAACUUCAGCACAGACAAAGAGCUGGUUGCAGAUUACUUCCAGAAAGCCAUCAGGAUGCAGCCGGACAUGGUGGAGUGGAACACCACUCACGUCAUAGUGUUAGUGAGUACUUUUAAGCACAGCGACACAGGGCUGGAGGCCGACAUCUUGGAGAAAGUGAGAGCUGCCAAGGAACAGGAUCCUGAGAACUUGUACCUCGCUGCUUUCUACCUUGAUCAACGUGCAAAGAAAGGAGAAGAAGUUAAGGAUGAAGCACGUGAAUUAGCCGGGAAGAUUAUGAGAAAUCCCGUCAGCAGCUACAGUGGUAUGAGAACAAUACUAAGGGUUUACAGAAACUAUGUUUCUAUUGAUGAGGCCAUUGAUUUGGCAGAGCAGGCUCUGAAAAAACAUCCAGAUGUGCGUUAUCUGAAGAGAUGUGUUGCAGUCUGUCUCAAAUGGAAAAUAAUUAUUUUCAGCGACAAUCGCCCAAAGCAAAGCACUGUUGACAGAGCUAUCAGUCUCCACAAGGAGGUGAUUUCUCUUUACCCUCAUUCUUCAUUUGUAAAGAAAAUAGACCUCGCAAAUAUGUACGCAAAGUCCAAUCACAGCCAGGCUAAAGCUCAGCAGAUGUACCAGGAACUGCUAAAAAGUGAUCUGGAACCUAUAGAGAAACAGCUGCUGUACAACAACUACGCAAGAUAUUCAAACUUUGAUCUAAAGGAUCGCAACAAGUCAGUACAAUAUCACAUGAAGGCGGUAGCGAUACCGCUAAAAUCCUUCUGUCGUGGGAACAGCAUCAAAGUUCUGGAGAAGAUUAAAAGUAGAGGCAGGGACCGAAUGUCUAGAGAAAUAGAGGUGUUUCUGGAAAACCUUCAAGAGCCAUAGUGGGUUUGGACUCCUACUUGUCCUAAAUCUGGAGAAAAAACAUAAAGGUAUUGCAUUACCCUAAGAAAACUGUAAGUACUUAUUAAUUGAGCUUUAUCCUUUAAAAGGCAGUUGUCUGCCAGUUUUUACACUUAAGUAGUUAAUGGAAGACAAAGGCUUUUAAAAACCUAUAUAUUUGUCUGAAUAAGUAAACUCAAUGCAACUGCCAUAUUGAAUGUUUGGUUUUCAGUUUGGUUUUCAGUAUUAUGCUUUUCCACUUUUUCCCUCUCCUUUAGUGUGUUUUAUAUAUUAUUUUUUUUACAUGUGAAAGGUCCGUAGAGAGUAAAACCUGAAGUCCACGCCUAAAAGGAGUUUUUCUCUGUGAUAAUCUGUUCAGUCUGUUUUUGUUUGUAUUCACUUCCUGUUUUAUUUUGUUUUCACGGUUCUUGUGUAGGGGGUCUAGUUUCACUUCCUGUAGGUUUCCCCACACACCUGUACCUUGUUUGUAAUUAAGCUUGCCCUAUUUAUACCCUGUGUUUGCACUUACCCUCUGCCAGAUUGUUGUCGUCUCCUUAGUGUGCACAUGCUUUCUUGUCUUAAUUUCCUUGUGUUUGCUUGCCUGGUUUACGGAUUUUGGAUUUUGUGCCUUUUCCAUGAAUGGACUUUGUCGCUUUCUCUGACUGCCUUGUAUGACAUCUGGAGUUUAAGUAAAGUUUUAUUUUGAACCUUA